AUGCCUUCUCCUCUUGAAUGGGGUAAAUUCAUUGAAAAGGUGUUGAAGGGCAUGUUGGAUGCUAUAACCAUGCUUGGGCUAAUUGAUGAGGACACGAUAGUGCCACAGGCAUUUGUGGAACUUGACAAGUUUGUCAACUGUGUGUUGACUGCAGAAGAAAAGGCUGCCAUGACUUAUGAUGUCUUGACCAGUGAACAUGGUCUUUUAUUGUUACAAAUGUUACAAAAGGAUAUCCACAAGAUAUCCAUCUACGUCUAUGAGAGAUUAAGAACCACGACCAUCUCUCUCUCUCUCUCUCUCUCAUUACGCUACUUUUCCAUACUCUCAGAAUCAUACACCUGGUUAACUUCUGGGAUAGUUUUCCACACUGGGUCAUCGUGA